CUGCCAUACAACAUAUUUCUUAUCCAUGAAAACCUCCUAAGUAUCUAUUGUUCUUGCUUAUUUCGUUUUCUUUUCUAAAUCUCAUGAUCUCCCUAUACAUGAAACGGAGCAGCCGAUGCAGACACUAACAUAAACCAAUCCCCAAAUAGUGCCAAGUACCACAACGCAGAAAUGCUGCAAAACCCAAGAGUAUUGCGAUAUUCCGCUCAGCCAUUCAAUCCUCCAACUCGCACGGCAGCAUCAUCACUUUCUCCAUUCCAAUUAAUACCCACUUCUCCAUCUUUUCCAAUCCUCAAACAGCAAUGCAGAUUCUCACGUAGAGAGCUCACAAUCUUUAGCAACUCUUGCUUGCUACUACUCUUGGGUUCUCAGGCAGUGGAUGGAUCCAGAGCAAGAGCAGAAGAAGACGUUGGUAACACAAGUAACAUUGAUCAACUAGAAGAGAAUCUGGCUUUUGCUGAAGAAGAUGCUGCUAACAUAAGCAGCAGUGAUCAACCAGAAGAGGAUUUGACUUUGGCAGAAGAUGAUGUUGGUAACACAAGGAACAGUGAUCAACCAGAAGAGAAUCUGACUUUAGCAGAAGAUGUUGCUAACACAGGUAGUGAUAAACCAGAAGAGAAUGUGGCUACCACUCCCAGCUGCACUGAAAGAAAACCUACCAAACAAGCAUUCUUAGACGUAUCUAUUGACGGCGAACCUGUUGGUCGCAUUACUAUAGGGCUCUAUGGAGAUGAUGUUCCUGCAGGAGUUGACAGGUUUAGUAAGAUUGCAAGCGGAGCUGCUGGCAUUAGCUACAGAAGAAAGGAGUUUGUCAAAAUAAUGCCCAAUUACGUCCAACAUGGCGGCCUGAGAUCCUAUGGGGUGGAUGUUGAACUUGCUUCGAAGACAGGUAGCAACUUGGGAGCUGGUAGACUUGUUGAGGAAUGGGAGAGGGAGUAUGAGAGAUGUCCUGGGACUAAAAACGUGGCUGGAAGUGUAGGGAUUAUUGUGAGAAACCCAUCAAAACCGCCUCCAAAGUUGAAGCUGAUUGCAAAACAAGGGAAGCUGGAGAUUGAUCAAGAAGAAGUAGGAACUGAUCCCAAUGGGACAGAAUUUGUCAUAGCUACAAAGGAUUCACCAGAACUGGAUGCAUCCACUCUGGUAAUUGGAAGAGUAAUAGGAGGGAUGGAGGUUGUGCAGAGGAUCGGUCUGGUUAAAACUGUACAAGAGAAUACAGGAUCUCCAUACUUUAGGGUGGCAAAGCUAAUAGGAGACAAGAGAGCUGUUGUAGCAGAAAGAGGAUUCAACCGCCCUUAUUCAAAGGUCAUUGUUACAAACUGCGGUUUAAUGGAGUAACACAAAAUCGUAUUCACUCCCUUUUCUAGUUGAUUUCCUGUGUACGUAUUAGAGAACAUAUAUCACAUUCAUAACAAUCUCCAUUGUCAUUCGACCCUAUGUAACGUCUACCAUUUGUAUUACAAAUGAGGAAAAAAAUAUUACAGCUGGGUUCCA